AUGGGACUUUCAGGAGGCCCCGCGGCCUCCCGGCCCCACCCCGCCUCCCGCUCAGCCCGCGGCGAAGGCGCUGGGCUUUCAUCCGCGGAGCGGCGGGAGCUAGACGUGUCGCUGCGGUGCUCUCGGAGGAUCCCCGAGUCGGCAGCAGCCUCAGCCGCCUUCAGCUUCUGCGUCCGCCCCAGCGGCGUUUCCCGGUGCAGCGAGAGGAUGGUGGUCCGCGUGUUCGUCGCCUCGUCCUCGGGCUUCGUGGCGAUCAAGAAGAAGCAGCAGGAUGUGGUUAGAUUUCUGGAAGCCAACAAGAUAGAGUUCGAGGAAGUGGACAUCACCAUGUCUGAGGAACAGAGGCAGUGGAUGUACAAGAACAUUCCCCCUGAGAAGAAGCCUGCGCAGGGCAACCCUCUGCCACCUCAGAUAUUUAACGGCGACCGAUACUGUGGAGAUUAUGACAGUUUUUUUGAAUCAAAGGAGAGCAACACAGUCUUUUCAUUCUUAGGCCUGAAGCCUCGGCCAUCGUCCAUGGCCGAACCUUAGAGGACAGAGAAGGUGAUGGAGUUGCAGUUUGGAGCACCCCUGGUACUCAACGCAUACCUGCUUACCUGAUGCAUCACUGGGACAAAGCCACACGCACAAUCAGCAACUUUGCUUGACCUGGAAGAGGUGGUUUUUGGCGGACUCUGGAAUAAUGGGGACUGAGUGAUUGUUCUAAGCUAAUCAGGGCUCCGGUGGUGGUGGUGGUGGGUUCUCUUGAUUUCUCGUCUGUUUGCAGUUGCCACGCUCACCUGAAAGUUCUGUCACAUGCUAUAGUCCACUUCCUUAAUGACCUGGGCAGCCCCAUCAGGGAGAGAGCGCAGGCUCUGCCCUAAAUGUUACUAGACACCAGUAUUGCAUAAGCCUGGUCCUCUUUAUGCUGCCUGCAUUGCAUCCUUGAAACCCAUUUGCCAGGAUGGUUACGUCUUUGAAUCAGAAAGAAGAAAAGCAAUGCAGGCUGACAAAGGACACUGAAGGUUCUUAUUGCAGAAUCACGAAUGUCACUACUCUGGUACUUUGUAAUAACACCUGCUGGAGAAGUUAGAUGCUCUCGACUCCUUUCUGUAAUGGAAACCCUCACCCCUAUAAAAUUCUCCAGGCCCAUACAGGUGCUUCCAAAACCACCAUUGCAAUAAUGCACUAGCACAGCCAAGUUACAGGACAGAAGAGAUUGCUGCCAGAAAGCUUCCUUCUUUAUCUCUGCAAGGAGGAAGUUUCACUGUCUGCAUAAGACUGCUUGAGAUACUAGGAAGUGCAUUACUUAGAUAGUAAGUUAAUAGGAAGUUUGCUCUGUCCAUAUGCAAAGGCAUUUCAACUCUGGUAGCUUACACACAUGCACAUAUAUUUUCAAAUGCAGCUCCCCUGAGUAACAGCUGCUUGUUCUAUUUUGUGAUGGGAUUAUAUUUUUAGAGAAAGGAAAUGCUUGGUUAGAUAUAUUUUGUGAACCGUUUAUGAAGUGUAGUAGAAGUCAUGGGUGCUGCUGCGGCUGGGCUUAAUGAUGGAAGACUUGGAUAGCACAUAGAAGACUUGGAUAGCACACGCAAGCCGCGGUGCUCAGCUCCAGGACCGCGGCGCUGGCUAGUGCGAUUUCCCGUGUUACUCACCAUUGUCUCUUUAUUCCCCCUUUUCACAUUUAGACCAGUUCAUAGUCUCAGACUUUUCAGAAUAACACAGGCAUGCAUAACACACUCGUGCGUGCGUAUGAGCACAAGUGAGAUUUCAGAGCAGCAUAGACAAGAAAGGAGCUGUCUAGACAGUAGUCCUGAGUUGUUCUUAAGAAGCAAAAUCCCUGCUCCCUUUGGGUGGACACCGGUGAGUACUGAACAGGACUAGUCUGGAAUGGGAUAAACUCAGGCCUGACUGAAAUCUCCACCUACUGUAGCGGCAUGCUAUGACAUGGAGCCUUUCAUUCCAACUCUGAGAAGGAAAUGCUUGCGAGAGGGAAAGAGCAAACUAGUGGCCCCUCCGCCACCCCCUCAUGAGCUUUGGUAAAUGUUGACUCGUCUGUGGCAUUUUUGUUUUGAAUGCUGGAGUUGAGAUCUCAGCUUGAGAUUUGCAAUCCUAUUACAGCCAGAAGAAAGGACAGCUUUCUUCAUGAAUGGACCAGGUGCAAGCUUGUCAUGGAUAUUACUGGCUAGUUGGUAUUAAACAAGAUCCAGGUCAAAUUCCAUUUGAUAAAUCACAGGGACUUCGAAGGUUUUUUUUUUUUUCUCUUCUAACUGGAUAUUGUGCUUGAGUUUGUGAGUCUUCUUACAAGACGCAUUUCUGUUUAAAUAUUAUCUCAUGAAGUCAGCCCAGCUUAUGUGGAUUGGGUCUGUUCUUGCCAAUGAGUGCCAAGAACCAGUUUGGCAAAGUGAAGUCUUAGCAUGUUUUGGAUUGUAGGAUCAGCAUCAUACUUUUGAGACAGAGAAAGCUGCCAAGAUUGGUCACAUAACUUUGUGAUUGGCCAAACUGUACCCACCGUGACCAUGUUAAGCACACUGAAUAGAUGGUGUGCCUAAAAUUACUCUCACAGUUGCGUAUCAUUUUCUUGCCAUGAUUCUUUUGCAAGAACACAGGAGAGUCAGCAAAGAAAACACGGGAUUGGUGGUAGAAGCCCAGGAUGUAGAGUUGACCAUAGUUCCCAGAUAGUGGUGUGUAUAGAGCACACUGGGUCUGUACUAAAAUGCCUCCCAGGCUGACUGACAAAUUGUUUUUCUCCUUCCGCCUUCCUUUCCCUCUUUCUGUUGAUUGUUGCCUCAGACACAGUCUUACUAUGUAGACCUGGAACCUAUUCCUUCUGCCUCUACAUACUCAGCUGAAAUAGUGUUCUUCUUGUUCCCUUUAAUUGGCUGUCUCUAGAUUUGGUCACCACCAUCUUCAAAACCGAGCCAAGUGCAGGCAUGGCUAUAAUGCCAGGGACUUUCAAGGCAGAGUGUUGACUUCCUUGUGGGACAAUGGAAUUUGUGCUGCUGAGAACCAAAUGGUGCCAUUUUAACCAUAGGUGAACGUGUAACACCAUACUGCUAGGUGUCUACAGACAAGAAGAACAUUUAGUUCAGGAAAUACUUCGCCAAAUCCUAGGGGUUUAGUAAAAUCUAAGAGGAGAAAAAGAAGACACAUAGCCCUUAGAUGCUAAUAUAUUUUAGUUUUUUUUUCUGUUUUAUAAAGUUAACUCAACAUUUACAUUUUUAUAUUGUGUGAAUUUAACCAUCUAAAUAUUUUCCUUUUGCUAUUGAAAGGUACCAAAGGCUUUUUAUGUUUUGUUUGGUUUGUUUGAUUUUAUUAUGGGAUUUGUUUUUUCUAGAAAUACUUUGAUAUAGAUGUGUCCCUGAGUGUCUGGGUCUGCUUCAGUCUUUGUAAUUAUUUUGAUUUCAGUCUGUUUGUAUUUGUCUUUCAAGACAUUGGGGAAAUCUCAGAUUUUGUAUUCUUCACUGAAGGAGAAUAAAUUCCAGAAAACA